CCCCGGAGUAGGUUCGCGCCGCCGCGUCAGCUACGCGGUGGGUCUCUCCGUGCCGCAUCCGUGAGGAAGCUCCGUAGACUCGCUGCCCGCCGGCUCCCUCUCCCGAGUCCCUGCGACUGCCGCGGCGAAGAUGGCCUCAGGAGUGCAAGUUGCUGAUGAAGUAUGUCGUAUUUUUUAUGACAUGAAAGUUCGUAAGUGCUCCACACCAGACGAAAUCAAGAAAAGAAAGAAGGCUGUAAUUUUUUGUCUCAGUGCAGACAAAAAGUGCAUCAUUGUAGAAGAAGGCAAAGAGAUCUUGGUUGGAGAUGUUGGUGUAACCAUAACUGAUCCUUUCAAGCAUUUUGUGGGAAUGCUUCCUGAAAAAGAUUGUCGCUAUGCUUUAUAUGAUGCAAGCUUUGAAACAAAAGAAUCCAGAAAAGAAGAGUUGAUGUUUUUUUUGUGGGCACCAGAACUAGCACCUCUGAAAAGCAAAAUGAUCUAUGCAAGCUCCAAGGAUGCAAUCAAAAAGAAAUUUCAAGGCAUAAAACAUGAAUGUCAAGCAAAUGGACCAGAAGAUCUCAAUCGGGCUUGUAUUGCAGAAAAGUUAGGUGGAUCCUUAAUUGUAGCCUUUGAAGGAUGCCCUGUGUAGAUCAUCAUUCAGUGCCACAAAUUGAAAGCUUCCAUGUUUAAUGUUAUCCUCUUGCUAUAUAAAUAAAGCAAAUAUAUUUAAGCCAGGGUCUCACUGAGAGGGGGCUGUCUUGUCAUCUUUUAGAGUAAACUAAAUAUUCUAUGAACAUAUGCAAACAGCCCUAAAUAAAUCUAAAGUCUAAAGUUUUAUUGGUGUGAAAUUAAAUCCUUAUUGGCCAAA